AUGUCAACUGAAGUCAACCAAACUGUUUCCAAAGUGAAAGGUGCCAUUGAAGAUGAAUCAAUAACGGAGCAAGAGUCUGGCUUUAGAUAUGCAGCUUAUGCAAAUAGAUUGAGAACUAUUUUAUUGGCAUCACAUCGUUACGUGGCAUACACUUCAGACAUUGGAGAAUCUUUCCGUCCUGUUGCUCAUCCAUAUUUAGUAAAAUCCGGAUACGCUGUGUCAUGGCUUUAUAUUCUAGGUGAUGUCUCGUACGCUUCUUGGAUCACUAAAAUGAAAGCUGAAGGAAGAUACGAGCCAGGUUUAAAACCUUGGGACAAGGCACCAGCUCCUAAUGAAGUUGCAGCUAAGACAUUUACAUCUACACAUGGUUUGGUGGAUUCCGAUUGGCGAUUAAGUGCUUUAAAAAGAGGUAUAUUUCAGAGUAUUGCGUCAAUGGGGUUACCGGCCUUUACAAUUCAUAGUGCUGUGCGUUAUUCUUCGUACUUGUUCAAAAAUAGUAAAGUUCCAGUUCUCAAGACUUAUGGACCUGUUGCUAUUGGUUUAGGUAUUGUUCCAGUUUUGCCUUAUAUUUUUGAUGAACCAGUUGAACAUGCUGUUGAUUGGGUUUUUGAGCAAGGUGAAGAUAUCUACCACCAAAAAUUUAAAUGA